UGCUUUCUCCCGCUCUCACGAAACACAAUAGAAGCUGCUGCAAAGUAGAAAGUCACCAAUGGAGGCGGCAGAAUUUCGCUCUCUGUCCAAUAGUGUGAAUAAUGAGGAAGGAGAAGAGCGUGGCUCCACGGUGAAUAUGGCUGUAAACAUCUGUUUACGUCCUGAAUUGAUCAAAGACUCCAGCCUCAGGGACUGGAAGGUGAUCGGCUCUGGAGGGUUCGGACAAAUCUACAAAGCCAGGCAUCAUCACUGGUGCUACGAUGUGGCCAUUAAGCUGCUUCACUAUAACAACGGGAACAGUGCAUCUCUGCUGCGUGAGGCCGCGAUGAUGCAUCGAGGGAGCAGCGAGUACGUCAUGCAGGUCCUCGGGGUCUUCCAGGGUCGAGUUCCGAACUCUGGUCCUUCAGAGCAGCUAGGUCUGGUCAUGAAGUUCAUGGAGAAAGGAUCUCUGACCUCCCUGCAGGAAACCUUACUUGGACCUCCACCGUUGCCAUUGAUCUUCAGACUGGCUUAUCAAGUGGCUGUGGGUAUAAACUUCCUCCACAGCUGCUCACCUGCCCUGCUCCACCUGGACCUGAAGCCCAGCAACGUACUGCUGGACUCCGAUCUCAAUGUCAAGCUUACAGAUUUUGGCCUUGCAAAGAUUUACCACAGUGUCACGCGAGCCUCCAAAAAGGACAGUGAUGAUGAAGGAGGGACGAUCAGCUACAUGCCACCGGAGGCCUUCGAACUAUCGUACGCUCCCACACGAGCCUCAGAUAUCUACAGCUAUGGCAUUCUCCUGUGGUCCAUAGUGACCGGGAAACAACCGUAUGCAAAUGCAAAGUCCUGCAUUGUGCGUUUACGGAUCCCGGAGGGGGAUCGUCCGUCGCUGGUGGAGUUCAAGAACGAGGCUGAGGGGCACGACGAUUUGCUGACCCUCAUGGGUCUCAUGACUAGAUGCUGGGAAGCGAGCCCUGGCCAAAGACCCACCUCAUUUGAUUGUGCCACUGCUACCGAAAAACUGUUCAUGAGACACAGAGACGCCGUCGUCGAUGCCGUCCAUCUGGUACAAAAAAAACUGAAGCAAAAAGAAGAAGAAAGAACAAUAGAGCAGCUCCAGGGGGUUCAUAUCACUCCCUUGUCAGCAUGUGCCUCGGUUCGAGGAGUGAACAUGUGCGACAACGUGCCGACAGGACGUCCGCCCGUUCAGGAAGCUGGCAGUUGGACCGCAGCGAGUGAACACAAAGACCCGAUAACACCUCCACAGGGAAAUUCAUCCUCAGAGCACUGUAAAAUUAUACCAUCCUCUGUUUAUCCCAUCGGUGCAUCACCACUGCCUUCAUCCACCAGGAAGUCAUCUCAAGGCAGAGCACCGAAGAUGGAUAAAGUCUUUCACGAGUACCAGCGUCAGAGUUCCAGCCCCGUCACUUGUUCCAACAACCCUCCUGACUCGAGGAAAGUCUGCAUCCACAGCAGCCAUGUGACCGGCGUCCAGAUCGGGAACCACAGCACCAUGAACAUCACAUACAGGGACACCUACGAGAGGAGACGUCACCCAACAGCACCGCCUAGUGUCAGCCUCCCAGCGUCACGCUCAGGAAGUUUCAAGAAAAAGACAGGAGGAGUCGGCUGAGUUCAACCGGUUCACGUCAAACUUCUCAGAUUUCGUCAGGUUUCUCGUGAUCUUGCAAAACAAAGGGUUUAUGUUCUCUAUGAAAAAAAUAAUAAUACAUUUAGGAUUCAGAUAGAGGUUUCAGUUGCAUGCAUCCUUGUUUUUGUCAUUCUUUGAAUUUUUAUAUAUAUGUAUAUAUAUAUAUACAU